AUGUUGGCUAUGGUUGGAGGUGAAAUGGAGAAGGAUUUUGAUUCUAAGCUAAGCAUUCAGAACGUUACAGACAAACAUGUCGAUCGUAAUUCCAAUCGAUCAACAAACUUGGCAUUUAGGGCACCACAAGAGAAUUUCACCAUCCAUGAUUUCGAAUUGGGAAAGAUCUAUGGCUAUGGUUCGUAUUCGAAGGUAGUGAGAGCACGAAAGAAAGACACAGGAAAACUUUACGCCUUGAAGAUCAUGGAUAAAAAGUUCAUCACAAAGGAAAACAAAGCUCCGUAUGUGAAGUUGGAGAGGCUUGUACUCGAUCAGCUUGAUCACCCUGGAAUUAUCCGACUGUUUUUCACAUUUCAAGAUGACGAUUCACUAUACAUGGCGCUCGAGUCCUGUGAAGGUGGAGAACUCUUCGAUCAAAUAACCAGGAAAGGUCGAUUGAUGGAGGAUGAAUCUCGAUUCUAUGCAGCUGAAGUUGUAGAAGCUCUUGAAUACAUCCAUAAUUUGGGAUUAAUACAUCGAGACAUUAAGCCUGAGAAUCUGCUUCUUACAUCAGAUGGAUACUGA